UCUCAUCUUCCCCACCCACUAUAUAUCGUAAAUCUACAAAUGAACAUUUUGAAGGAUAAAUAAUUUUGAAUUGCUGUAUUGGAUACAUGAACUGUUAUAGUAAAUAAAUGCCACCGAACAACUGUUGUAUACGCCCAAAGUUUAAGCAUAUAGUGAUGAUAGAUCUCACUUGAAAACGCUAUGCUUUUAGCGGUAAUAUUAACAACAACAACAAAGGAAGUUAUUGUUAAGUGCAUCGCUUUUGCAUAAUAGCACGUUUGUUUAAUAAAAGUCUGCGUGCCUGUUAAGUGUUGUGAAUAGCCGUUUAUAGCUCUAAUGGCCUGUCGUUCCAGCAAACUUGAUAAGUUCCAAUGUUACUGGCAGCCAUGAUUGACAGCUUUCCAGCAGAGUUUAAAUUACUGUAGAUUUGGCAACGUUGGUUUGUGAACUGCACCAUUUAACAUUUUAUUGCAUUUAACUGUAGUUACUUAUUGUGAGAACAGUAUUUACAAUAGCACACCAUGGAUGAAACCACGGAUUAUUACGACUACGACUACGACUACGACGCCAACAGUAAAAACGAUACAUUUGAAAACGCCUCGUACGUUAGAGACGAUUUUGGAAUCAACCUGAAUAAUCAAUCUAUGAACAAUAUGAGUAUUGUUGGCAAUUCAUUUGUUCCUGAUAGAUUAAUAAUUCUAGAAACGAUAAAUGGAAGCACACUGGGAUUUUUUAUUACAAACCAAACGUCUUUAUUAUGCGGAUUCCCGAGUUUUUGUUCGUAUUCAGCUUACAAUGUAUGUUCCAACACAACUUUGGCGGAAUGCGAUGAAUGCAGCAUGAUCGGGGCUGGUUUCUUCAUAUUUGCUUGUGUUGUUCUUGGUGCGAUGAUUUUGAUAGGAAACUCGCUCGUGUUUUGGUACAACGUCAGGAAUUCAAGUCAAGACAAAUUCAGCAUCAUGAAAGCCUCGUUGGCAAUUGCAGAUUUAUUCACAGGAAUCCAAAUACUUUGCGUGGUGUUUUACAACAUAAGCUGGACGCUGCGUUCGACGGCGCAAGAGCUUGAUAUGAAGCAACUUGCAUACCGCGAUUCUGCUGAAGCGAUCGCUGGUGGAGUUUUCUUCAUGCUUAGUAUAACAGCAUCACUCUAUCAUUUGCUUUACCUGAGUGCUCAGAGGCUUCUUGCGGUUACCAAACCAAUGACAUACAAAAUGCAAAGUGUUGAAAAGGUUUAUUACGGAAUUGGAGUCAUUUGGUUUCUUUCUGUCGUAUCAGCUACAGUACCAGCUUGGUUUUCGUCAACGUUCACAUAUACCUAUUACCACACGACUUUUCUAUUCUACCCUUCAGUUAGAAGUUACGAUGCGUCUUCAGGAAGCUCUAUGGGUCCGGCUUUCGGCAUUUUGUUUCUUUUCACAGUUCUACCUUAUCUUAUAAUGACAGUCCUUACGAUCGCCUCUAUAUUUUCUGUUCGAAAACACCUGAAGCACUCGGCUAAAUUAAGCAACAAAAAUGAUAAAGUAUCUUUGAGGAAAAAGGAAGCUUCUGUCCUGAAAACUGUUGCCAUUAUGCAGUUGGGAUUCACAAUUACCCUGAUUCCAGUUGCUGUGUUGGUUAUUAUAUUUUAUUCGAAGUUGUUGACGUGUGAGAACAUUUCGACACCAUCUGUGGUGUGUUUCUACUUAAGCAUGUCGAACAGCGUCGUCAACGUAUUGGUGUACAGUGCAAGAGAUAAGCAGUUUCGUUCUUUCGUGAUCGACGUGUGCAGAUGCCGAACAAGCAGAGGACGAGGAAAACUUGUAACACCCACCAGCAGUACUAAUACAGGAUCAUCAAAGCCACAAACUGAGACUAAAGUUUCGGCAAUUUAGAAACAAUUAUAAAAACUCUUGUUUGUGCUGAGACAAAAGAACUUUAUCUUUUAACAUGUGCAACGUAGUUUUUUUGUUUAUUUAUCUCUUUAAAAGGGCAAAGUUUAUAUAGUAGGUUAGGAAAGAUGGGACACAUUUAUUGGCGCUUAAUAUCCAAAUAAACUAAUCGUUUUUUAAACAACAGUCUAUAUGGGAGCUGUAAGGAUACGGAUUUACAAUUAGUUGUUUGAAUGUUUUUUGCUUACUACUGAGACGAUAAAUUACAUUAAAAUGGUGUCCCAUCUUCUCCCACCCUACUAUAUUAUUAAAGAGGGAAUAAAAGAAAUCAACCGGAAAAGCAAAACACGCUAUAUAGACAAAAGGUGUGGGAGACGCCAGCAGUUAAAAAGCGUGGCUGUUAUUGCACCAAACGCAUAUUCAAAUAAAGAAAUGAUUGAAUACAUGUACUGACGCCGUGGUUUGGCCUUGUCACUUGAUUUUAAAACCGGUUUAUUUUGAGUUGGCAAAUUGUGUUCUGCAUAAUGUAUUGUCUGCAUUAUGUAUAAGCUGUUCAAAGUUUUCGGCUUAUUGUAGGGCGUGGGCUAUUGUCAUCACGUUGCUUUUUGCAAUACUUCACUUGCAGUGUUCAGCAUUGUCACGCAUAUUUUUAUCACGUUUAAUAAUUUUUAUCACGUACAUUCUGUUGUACAAAACAGUGCAGCUAUUACGUUACAGCGUGAUUAAUUGUCGUGAGAGUUUAAUUUUGGCAAUUUUGAUUUUUUGGCAAGUACCACAACAAAACGACCAAU